UAUCAACAAUACCUCAGUAAAUUUCAAACUGAAACAAAAAUCGAAUAAAUUGAACGCGUUAAGGUGAUAGCAGCUCAAAAAUGAAGACAUCACUGCAGGGACUUUUUCUUUUUGCAGCAUGGCAGCAGACUUUUUUUGUGAAGAGCGAUGCAUGGAAUUUCUCUACAAUUGUUCCGGAAGGACGCCAGAUGUGUUCAGACGUUCAAGGAGGAUUGGCUCAACUUUUCCGAGGAGUCGAUAUAUCCCGACUCGACCUUUUGCCGCUAGAUUUCUUCACCGAUAAUGGGUUCCGAGGCCAAGUUCUGGAAAUGAAUUGCAAGCUUCUGAAGCAAAAGUUUGACCCCAGAACCGAUAGCUACACACAAGUUCCAGACAUUGUUCAUGAUCUGGUUCUAAGCAGCGAUGAUGCGUUAGAAAUCACGUCCAAAGUUUUCGACAAAGUGAUUGAAAUAAAGAGAGCAAUGGCUGAUCAAGUUGGAAUCUCCUAUGAAAAUGGAAUGUUUUCAAACAGUGGAAGUUUCCGAACAGCAGCACGACACAUGGUCGGAGAUGACAGCGAAGCCAUCUCUAAUGUCGAGAAACCGCUUUUUGAGCAGGGCUUUUCAAAGGUUAUUUUCUAUGGUGGCAACCUAGCGAGUAUUGAAAAUAAUUCUGUUGUGGAUUGGAUCAAAAAUACUUCAAAUGACCUUUUUGUCUUCAAAGGCAGGCUUCGACCAAUUUCAGACCUAAUUGAAAAUGACACCAAGCGACAAUCGAUGAUGAAAGCCGUCCAAAUGCAUAUAGAUCGAGCCUUUCUUUCCGAAUCAGAGACGAAAGUUAACAUACUCAUUGAAGCUUUAAAAACUAAUAAGCAAAUAGCCGAGUUAACGAAACUUAAGAAAAGAACGGUCGAUCUUAGGCAAAAAAGUUUUCCGAAUCACGACUUGGUUCAAAGUCUGUCUAGUGACAUUGAUCAUGAGCUAGAAAUUCCAGCUUGGUUCCGAGCAACUUCAAUUUGUUACAAAUUUUAUGAAGUUGUUAAAAAAGGUAACAUGACUGAAGUAACUCAAAGCUGCGCACCUGUCAAUCAAGUGACUGAUGUUUUCGAGGAUUGGUCAGGCGGAAGAUCUCCAGGCGGAUACGAAAUAGCAUGGGGAGUUUUUAAUAACGCCUCAAUUCCAACGCUCGAUUAUAAUUGGUUCAGCCAACUUCAGUUAUGUUUCAAGUAUAUUCCAGCGGGUGACAGAGCUCAAUGCGGAGACGGAUUUGAGAAGGAACUUUGCUCAUCGCUUAAUGAAUUUCUGCCGUAUUAUUAUGAUGGAACGGAUUCGCGUAGCGGAGGAUGCGUGCUUUCCUGGAAAUUGACAACUCCUAGUAUGGUAGGCAUUCCUACCUGGUUUUUGAAUGCAAAAAUAUGCUACUUCAUACUGACACUUAACCAGGAAAGAAGAGACGACGUUCAAUUCUACAAGCGUUGUGCAGUUAUGAACAAUUAUACACCAUAUUUGAGCGACUACACAUUCAAGACAUUCCUUUCGUUUACUUACAGCGCCAACUUCGUUCAAUGGAGUAUUCAGGAUGCGACAAAAAGUGCAGAUAGUUUCGGUACAACUAUGAGUGACGGGUACUAA